AGUACUGCAUUUUCUUAUUUUUAUCAACAUGAGAAAAUACGGUAUUUAAAAAUUCUAAAAGAGAACUGGCACCACUUGAAGAAAUCGCAAAAUCGAUCGAACUUAAAAGACAGUGUGCAGCAGCUGAAUCAUUAAAGGAAAAAGCCCCGUCCAUUAAUUUCUCGAACACUUCAACACCUUUAGUUGAUUCUAGAAAAUCGAAUUCUUUAGCAGGAAAUAAUGAUAUUACAUUGUCAUCCAAAGUGGAGCGCAGGCAGUAAUGCUACCGGUACCGGUUGCGAAUAAGAAUUUCGAAACCGUACACUUUGCUGCACAAAUAAGUCCAGGUCGUAACGCAGUAAAACUAAGCGACGUACGAGAGGUUUUUAACGCUUUGAAGGAGACCAUGAUGGAUAAACUGGUCUGCAAGUUUACUUGGCGAGGCAGCCCAACAACAGAAAAACUGUACAACAAUUGCAAACAUUUUAUACCGAGCAGCAAAAUCACUUUCUUCGCGGGUCCGAAUACAAAAGCAGAAUUUAAAAAGGAAAAAUAUUUCGAUGUACCAAACAAAGGUAUCGACAAAAAAAAGAUAAGGGAACUGAAAAGUAGUGACACCGACACCGAACACAGAGGAGAAAUUGAUGAAGAACAAGAUUACGAGAAGAUUACGCAACGGAUAAACGAGCUAAAAUGGUCAUAAAAAUGAGCGGACAAAUGAUGACGAUGCAGAGGAUGAAUAUUCAUCUGACGAUACUGAAUUGGAUGACGAAGAUUAAGAAAAUGACAAAUA